CCGGUCACGAUGCCGAACCCGCAAAGCCACACUAACCCAUACGCCUAGCUAAACGCUUUCAUACCUUUGGCUUGCAAUUGCAAAGGUAUGCGCUUAAUCCACAUCGUGACCGACUGUGCGCACACCACAUAUUCGUACUCUUUACUUGCUAGCCCUUUGCUUCCAGCACGUGCCAGGCGAAGCGUGUAAUACAUGACGCGCUGAGACCUAGCAGACCUUCUCGCUGGCAUCGCCAUGCUAGGACGCUGGAAACACGUCGCAGGCCGCCGCAGGAGCGCAGCCUGUGGUGGCAGCAGCACCCAUUCAGCUUCUGCUCCUGGACGUGUUGUACGGCAGCAGCAACGUUUGCCGUACAACCCAGCACCUGCUGCAGCCAGUAGUCCUUCAUCAUGUUGCAGACCGCAUGCUGCUGCCGCCAAUGCCACUCCAACAGCGGCCGCACCGGCCACAACAAGGUUCCAAAGCCUUUCAGCUUUUGCCGGCAGCAGAAGCAGGAGCGGGCAAAGCAGUAGAAGGAGGUGCAGCAGCAGGCAUGCGAGUAGCAGGGGCGGUAAUCAUGGUUGCCUCGCAGGAGCGGAGGGCGAGGAUGAAACUGCAGUUACCGAGCCCGAGGGAGUGGAAGAGGAGUCAGGACAGCAAGAUCAGGAGGUGGAGGAAGACGAGGAGGGGUUGGCUGAGGACGAGGAGGAAGAAGGGGCUGAUGGCAAGGAGGAGGAAGAAGCAGGCGAGGGCGAUGACGAGGACGAGGUAGAAGGGGCUGAUGAUGAGGAGGAGGAGGAAGCAGGCGAGGGUGACGACGAGGAGGGUGCUGCUCCCCGGCUGCCUGGAGUGGUGCGGGUGCAGUGUGUGCAGGACCUACCUCGCUUCGACAUGCCGCUGCUGAUGGGGUCAUUCAGGUCAUCCACCUGCAAUGCGGUGGCUGUGUCGUACCGCGGAGUGCCGUACCUGCUGGCCCCCGCAGCCAGUGUGGUGUACGGCAGCCAGAUCCGUGUGUAUCUGCCGGGUCGCGACAGGCCGCUGCCCGCCUCCCUGGCGCACCUGGG